AUGUUAGAAAAAAAGUUUGCUGACAUUGACAAAAAAUUUGAGAAUGUUUUAAACAAGAACAAGAGGAAGUUAGAAAAUGCUCAGAUAAAACCCAUACAUGACAAGUUCUUAUUUGCUCAGAAUGGUAUAACAGGUCUAAUUGCACCACCUGGGUCGGGUAAGACUUUCACUUAUCUUAAAAUGGCUGCACAACAACAAGAACUAGAUGAGAAGAACCCAUUCUAUGAGUUAGUUGUCAUUUGUAGUACUUCUGGUCAAUUUGACCAAACCGUCAAUUCGUUCAAAGAUAUUAUAAAGAAGUCUAAGUUAGUAUGUAUAAAAGACUCUGAGUUGUUAGAUUGGAUAAAGAAGUACCAAAGAAGGGUUUUGAAGUACAAUGCUAUAAAUGAGUAUAUAAAUUCGAAGUUUAAAGACCCAAAUGAGGAAAUGCAGAGAAUAUUAGAGAAGAAACACUUCAGAAACAAACAGAAAGAGAUAG